AUGUCAUUCAUACAACGCCUACCGCCAGAAAUUAUUGCCCAGAUAUUUAACGAGUGCCUUCCAGACCGAUUUGACCAAUUCGGUUCCCCUCGGCCUGGGCUCCGCGACUCCGAUGCCCCCCUCGUCCUCACACGCGUAUGCUCGUCAUGGCGAGCGAUUGCUCUCGAAUGUCCCUUCCUUUGGUCCCGACUCUCUGUAUCCGACAAAGUAAUGAGCCCGAAACUCCUGCGAAAGAUUCGAGCCUGGUAUAAGUUCAGCAAUUAUCGACCCGUGAUGGAUGUUUCGCUGGUUGAAAUGACGAGCAGCUGGAACAACAAUUCGGGGAUCAACCGAGAAGAUUUUUGGAAGGAUUUGCUUCAGGUGACCCUUCUAGAUUACCCAGAGGCCAUUCAGUCACUGAACAUGAACGUCCAUGACGUUUACAAACGCACUUCCUUCUUCGAGAUACCAAAUCAACACCUCCCAAACCUCCGAACCCUACAACUCCAUCUCGGAAACCCAACUCCUCAGAUAACUGUUUUCGCGAUGACCCCGAAGCUCCGUCGCGUCUGUUUGAAUUUCCUCAACCCCGAUUUCCUACCAGACGACCCCGAAGCAAUUAUACUCCCUUGGGCUCAAUUGACCCAUUUGCUCAUCCUUGUCGACCCAAUUGCGCCAAUAACCCUUGCCACUGCGAUUCACCGCUGCCCCGACCUGGAAGUAUUGUCAAUACUCAUUGACCCAGAUGCAGAGGUUCCACACCGCUCCCACACUGGCCGUGUUGUAGCUCCCAAGCUUUCCAAGCUCAUUUUACGCGUCUGCCAGGAUCCACCAGCCAAUUUAUCCAUCUUUGACCAGGUCAUACUACCGGCCCUUUCGUGCCUCAUCAUUAAAGACGAUGAAGAGAGUCACGAUGCUUCAAGCUUCCAUUGGACACAGGAAACUUCUCAUUUCUAUGACCAAAUCCACCAAUUGCGAAUGCUCUCGUUGGAAGGUCCUAUGAUCAACCUAACAGGAACUAUGUUGUGUGAAGUGCUGCAACAUACACCUCUUCUUGAGGUACUCGAACUCGACGUGGUCGUGCUAGGAUUCACUACCCUCCUUCAGCGUCUGACACAUGAUGACAACCCCGACCGUCGACCCAGAGACAAUACCAUCCUCGACAAGCCUCUUGCCCCUCUCCUACACUCGUUCAGCCUACACUUCGACGUGAAACUGUGCGAUGAAGACAAUGCAGAUGAAGCCCUUGCUAUUAUCAACAGUCCAGCAAACUUCAACGCACACCUGACUGCCAUGAUUUUUUCACGCAGACCCCUCUCACAUUUUCCAGGCAAUGCCAGUAGGGAUGAAGACAACGCUGUCAAAACCCCCGCGGUUGCUGACUUGGGUGCCGUUCGACUCCAUGGACGAGGAUUGAGUGUACUGGACCUCCCGGAUCUCUCUGCGCAGGUAGAUGCUAUCCGUUGGGAUGGAUUGCACUUCGUACUUCAGGAGACCUAUCUCCAUGAUUUCGGGUAUUAUUUUUGGACCGACAAUGAAUUGCGAGAAUGGUGA